AUGUCAUCAGGAGCUUCAGAACCAUGGGAGGAGAAAUGGGCCGCGGGCCGCACGGGGUGGGACCAGGGUCAGCCGCAUACUCCCCUCGUCCGCUUCCUCAAAUCGGAGAAAGCGGCCGAGUUGGAAAUCCCAAAGGAAGGCAGAGCGCUUGUACCUGGAUGCGGCUUGGGAUACGAUGUGCUCUUAUUCGCUCAGAGAGGACUAGAUGCGACUGGCCUGGACAUCUCGCCGACUGGCGCGGCAGCAGCGAGGAAAUGGCUGGAAGGCCAGAGUUCUGAUGACUCCGCUGUGCGAAGUCGUGUCCGCGUCACACUGGCCAACUUCUUCGAGUACCAUCCCAAAACACCAGAAGAGCAGUUUGACCUGAUAUACGACUACACAUUCCUAUGCGCCCUAGACCCAUCACUAAGAGAAGGAUGGGCCAAGCAAAUGACCGCCCUUGCCAGACCCGGCCCAUCAUCCCGCCUCAUCACCCUAAUGUUCCCCUUGAAUGGCAAAGACGGUGGUCCGCCUUACAGCCUUUCGGAGGAGAUCUACCACCAGCUUCUGGAUGGCAGGUGGGAGCUGAUGUGGAGCGAGGAUGUCCCUCAAAGGGAAAGGCGGCCUGGGAUGCUGGGUGGGGAGAAGCUGGCGGUGUGGCGGUUGAGGUAG